AUGACAGAGCUUUUGAGGCAUCCAGAGUGUAUGAAAAAACUACAAGAUGAGAUUAAUUCAGUUUCGACGCAUAAUUCAAAUGUAACGGAGAAAGAAGUUGAGAAAAUGGACUAUUUACACUGCGUGAUCAAAGAGGGACUACGGUUUCAUCCCUCUGGUCCCCUCUUGUCCAGACUAUCAAGUGAAGAUGUCCAGUUCAAAGGAUAUGACAUUGCUGCAGGGACACAGGUAAUAAUCAAUGCUUGGGCACUCCAACGGAACACUGCCAUAUGGGGACUUGAUGCAGAAGAAUAUAGACCUGAAAGGCAUUUUGGUUCAAAUUUGGAUUUUAACGGUACUGAUUCCAAGUUCGUUCCAUUUGGAGCGGGGAGAAGACUUUGCCCCGGAAUUGGAUUCUCUUUGGCCUUGUCCAAAUUGACACUAGCCAACCUUGUGAAACGGUUCAACUGGAGACUCGAGGCCGGACCAGCAGGAGAUGAUAAGCCUGAUCUAGCUGAAGCAUCCGGCAUUGAUGUUUGCCGCAAGUUUCCUCUCAUUGUCUAUCCAUCAAUUAUUCACGCAUGA